AUGAUUAAUGAUCGAUUUGUAUGUCCAAAUGAUCGUCGAUUAGAACUUCGAUCAAAAAUAAAUCUCGGUUGGUCAUAUUAUACUAAUAUUCUAUCAUUAAAUCGUCAAUUGAAUUCUAACAUAUCAAAUAAUCUUAAUCAAAAAUCAUUAACUAAUCAAGAAAUCGAACAUAUUGAAAAUGUUCUUAAACGUAAUCAAUAUAUUCAAUAUAUCGAACAAGAACGUAUUCGUAAAUUAAUUGAUCUAUGUGAUAAUUGUUCAAUUCAAACAAAUUUUAAUCAAAAUAUUGUAUCAUUAUGUAAUAUUUGUAGUGAAAAUCGCCAAUUAUGGAAAAAAUCAGCUGCAUGGUUUUUUCAUUCUUUACCUAAACCUUCGAAUGCUACCUUUGAUAUUAAUUCCUCUUUAUCAUUUCAAUCAUCACAAUAUAUCAAAACAAGUGAUGCUCAAUCGAUAUCUGAUCAAUCAAGUUCAGAUAAUGAUUCGAUUACAGAUCGAUUUAAUAAAAAAUUGGUAUCAAAUAAUAAAAAUUUAAAUCAAUUUAAACAAUUAAAUGAUAAUCAAGAUGAAAUAAAUAAAUGUGACGAUGCUGAUAAAAGAAUUUAUUCAUUUAAAAAUAGUAAAUUAACUUCAACAAAAGAUUCAAUUGAUGCAUAUUUAUCAAAAUGUGAAUUAGUUAGAUCAUCAAAAAAUUCUUAUAUAAGAUUAUCACCAAUAAAUGAAGAUUGUGGACUUGGAAGAUUAGAUUUUGAAAUUGUUUGGAAAAAAUCUGAAUAUAAAUUAAUAAUAAGAUUAUUACGAUUAGACAAACUUCGAUCAAAUAAUCAAAAUCAAUAUUCUCAUAUUUAUCUUAAAUUAAAUCUUCUACCAGCUAUUCACAAAUCAACUGAAUUAGAAAGUGGUAUGAUCGAUGAUACACUUGUUUAUGAUGGUAUAUCAUUAGAUGAUAUCAAUUAUAAAUCAGUUAAAUUCUCGGUCUAUGAUAAAGAUUCAUCUGUUAAUCACUUUCAUGGUGAAUAUCGUUUUAAAUUAUCAACAAUUCAAUCUGAUCAAUAUCAGAUUUAUUCGGUUUAUUUACAAAAUAAAACUGAUUGUGAAAAUGAUGAAGAUAUAAAUGAACGUGGUAAAAUUUUAAUUAGUCUUAUGUAUUCAAAUGAAACAUCAAAUUUUCAUGUUAAAAUAAAACGUGCUUGUUAUUUAUUACCAAUUGAUAUUGAUCGUAAAUCAAAUCCUUAUUGUCAAUUAUGUUUAUUUUCAUUUGAUCAUUUAUCGAACAAAUUAAAUUUUAAAACAGAUAUUAAAAAACAAACUUUGAAUCCACAAUUUAAUCAAGAAUUUAUUUAUAAAAAUAUUCAAUUAAAAAAGUUAAUUACAAAAACAUUACAAAUAACUGUUUAUGAUAAAGGUUUUGGAAAAAAAGACAAUUUUAUUGGUAACUAG